AGCGGCAGCCAGAGCCAGGUCGGGUCGUCUCAGCAAUGCUGCUGCGGGGGCGACCUUGAACGCACACUGGUUUCCCUCGGCGGGGACCACCCCGAGCCCCUGUGCUGGGUCCUGCCCUCUCCAGCUCGGCUCGCCCCGCGCUUGGUCAUGGAAGGGGCGGCAGUGUCCGAGGCAGGGGAUGGCCCUGCUGUGGAGACGGGCUUGCCCGGCUCUCCGUUGGAGGCGGUGGCCGGGGCGACUGCAGCCCCAGUGGAGCCCAGGAAGCCGCACGGGGUGAAGCGACAUCACCACAAACACAACUUGAAACAUCGCUAUGAGCUGCAAGAGACCCUGGGCAAAGGUACCUACGGGAAAGUCAAGAGAGCCACCGAGAGGUUUUCAGGCCGAGUGGUUGCUAUAAAAUCCAUCCGUAAGGACAAAAUUAAGGACGAGCUAGACAUGGUUCACAUCAGACGAGAGAUUGAGAUCAUGUCAUCCCUCAACCAUCCUCAUAUCAUCAGUAUUUAUGAAGUGUUUGAGAACAAAGAUAAGAUUGUGAUCAUCAUGGAAUAUGCCAGCAAAGGAGAGCUGUAUGAUUACAUCAGUGAGAGGAGACGCCUCAGCGAGAGGGAGACCAGACACUUCUUCCGGCAGAUCGUGUCUGCUGUGCACUACUGUCACAAGAAUGGUGUGGUCCACCGGGACUUGAAGCUCGAGAAUAUACUGCUUGAUGACAACUGCAACAUUAAGAUCGCUGACUUUGGGCUUUCCAACCUGUACCAGAAGGACAAGUUCUUGCAAACAUUUUGUGGGAGCCCACUGUAUGCAUCGCCCGAGAUUGUCAACGGCAGGCCUUAUCGAGGGCCAGAGGUGGACAGCUGGGCCCUGGGCGUCUUGCUUUACACUCUCAUUUAUGGAACAAUGCCCUUCGAUGGCUUUGAUCACAAAAAUCUCAUCCGGCAGAUCAGCAGUGGAGAGUACCGGGAGCCCACACAACCCUCAGAUGCUCGGGGUCUCAUCCGGUGGAUGCUGAUGGUGAAUCCUGAUCGCAGGGCCACCAUCGAGGACAUCGCCAACCAUUGGUGGGUAAACUGGGGCUAUAAGAACAGCGUCUGUGACUGUGAUGCCCUUCCUGACUCUGAGUCUCCACUCUUGGCGAGGAUCAUUGAUUGGCAUCACCGUUCCACGGGGCUACAGGCUGAGGCUGAAGCCAAGAUGAAGGGACUGGCCAAACCCGGGGCCUCUGAGGUGGUGCUGGAACGGCAGCGGUCACUGAAGAAGUCCAAGAAAGAGAACGACUUUCCCCAGUCUGGCCAGGACGCCGUACCUGAAAGCCCAUCCAAGCUGAGUUCCAAGAGGCCCAAGGGCAUCCUGAAGAAGAGGAGCAACAGUGAGCACCGCUCCCAUAGCACUGGCUUUAUCGAAGGCAUUGUGAGCCCUGCCUUACCAUCCCCUUUCAAAAUGGAGCAAGAUUUGUGCCGGACUGCCAUCCCCCUCCCCAGCUCCCCUGAGGCAGAUAUGUCAGGGACGCUCAGCCUCAAACAGUCUGCCACGAUGCCCAAGAAAGGCAUCUUGAAAAAGACCCAGCAGAGAGAGUCUGGUUACUAUUCAUCCCCAGAGCGCAGCGAGUCUUCAGAGCUGUUGGACAGUGAUCACGUGGUCAUCAGUGGUGGCCUCUCUUCCCCUCCCCCAGACCCAGUCAGGGGAACUUCCCACAGCCUGUCUUGCCGGAGGAAGGGCAUCUUGAAACACAGCAGCAGGUACUCGGAUGGUGCCACAGACCCCGCCCUCGCCGGCUCUGAAAUACCCACACUGGAAUCCUUGUCACCUCCCGGUGUCCCAUCUGAUGGCAUCUCUCGGAGCUACAGUCGCCCGUCCAGUGUCAUCAGCGAUGACAGUGUCCUGUCCAGCGACUCCUUCGACUUGUUAGAUCUUCAGGAGAACCGGCCAGCCCGCCAGCGCAUCCGCAGCUGCGUCUCUGCUGAAAACUUCCUCCAGCUUCAGGACUUUGAGACACCACACAACCGGCCCCGGCCCCAGUACCCGAAGCGGUACCGGAACCGGCUGGCAGACAGUAGCUUCUCCCUCCUCACUGACAUGGACGAUGUGACUCAGGUGUAUAAGAAAGCGCUGGAGAUCUGCAGCAAGCUCAACUAGCCCUUCAGGGCACAGAGGAUGGGAUGGGUGGGUGGGGGAGUCCAAGGGAGGAGAACAGAACUCAGCCUGCAGGCUGGUUACCUCUAUGCUGGUUGGUCACGGCAACAGACUGGGAAAGUACUAAUAACAUCUGGCCUGGCUGGUUUUUACAGCCUUGAGUCAGCACCUAAAAGGGAUGGAAACCAUUCUUUACCAGUUCUGCCAGCUGCCAGUCAGAAUGUGGGUCCUAACUGGCAUUCCCAGAUGACAUCUCACAGGGAAGGUGGUGUUGGCCAGCAUGAAACGGGAAGGGGCAUUAUGAGGGAAAGGGGGUGUUUUCCUAGAAGUCAUCUAGAUGUUUCUGGAAGAGGGGGAGAAAGACUGAGACCAUCUGCUUUGGAUGAGUAUGUUAGCAAGCCCAGUCUGACUACAUAGGGGCUAGCAAGAUUUCAGCAACCUGAGUGUGAAUUGGUGAUCGAUUGGUAAUGUCUGUACUGUGACCUGAUUUUAGCACACCAGGGAGCAUUGAGUGAGUACCAAUAACUGCCUGCCGGGGAAUCAGGAGCAGAGGCAACAGCAUGCCUGCCAUGGCUAAGCCCCUGGAGUUAGAUUAAAGCACCCUGUUUAAAAGACAAACGGUUAACUCUUUCAUGGCACAGCAUGACAUGUGUUAAUUUGCUCCUGGACCUUGAGUAGAAGACAGAGCUUGCUUAGAGAGAGAAUGUGUUGAACUCUGUUACGGAAAUAGUCCAGUGGGGGUAACUUUUUGGUUUCCUGGGAUCUGCCUCUUCUUUCUCCUCUUUCGUGUCUUGUUCUUCUUCAGUGGGACCUUCUGAAGGUGAGCAGGAAGACACUUGGCAGUGUGAGAGGCCAGGGCUUUGUGUAUAACGGGGCACAGAGCUGCCGUGGUCUUUGCACAGUUGAAUGGACGGUGAGGCACGCCAGCAAGGGGCGACUUAUCACUUUCUUAAAUGUCUCAGUAUUAACUGGAACCCUGCCUCUUGGCUUCUCACUUGCACAGGGACGUGAUGCUACUCAGAGUCUCCAAAGCACUACUGGCUCAGCCAUAGGCCCCACUCGCCCACAGGUGUGGACCCUUAACUGUAGAUGAGUUGCUUCUGGGGAGCUAGUGUGUAGGUAAAAUAUGUGGCUGAAGAAAAGUCCAGUUUGACAGAAAGCUCUUGUCUCCUCAGGCCUAAGUAUUCUGUCUCGUGGUUUUGAUCUUCCUCAUUUUGGGAGAGAAAACAGGUUCCAUCCAUCAUCCAUCCAUCCAUCAUCCAUCCAUCCAUCCAUCAUCCAUCCAUCCACCCACAGAAUAAGAUGUUGAAACAGCAGAGUGUUGCAUUUAGGCUUAGGGACGCUUCCUCGGGAGCCAUCCAGAUGGCUCUGGAGGAGGCAGAAAGGAGGUGUGUGUGUGGGUGACAGGAUGCUUAAAAAUGUUCCAGCUAGUCAUCUAAUCUCUGAACACUAAGAUUACAGGUGAUGUCAUCUCCACGGAGGGGACCCUGGGCACACUGAGGGGUUGAAAUAGUCUUUCUGGGCUGACCAUGGGAUCUACUGGCUUAGUCAAAUUAGAAUCCUUCUUUUAAGGUGCCUGCCUUCUGAGAGCCUCUCAGACGGGUGGGGGAGGAUGCAUCCUGGGGAAAAUACAAGAUAUGUCACAGCACUGAGGACAGUUGUCAGGGAGAUGUUGCUCUAUGAGGCGAGUCUGCAUCUCCUUGUUUGGACCUGAGCUGAGCAGGAUGUGGUGGGAAGCUGCUUUGAUUCCUUUCCUUCAGUUUCACCUCCUACCUGAACUCUGGAGGGGGCUAAAAGGGAGAAAAAUCUAUAGGUAGAGAAUUGGCUUUGGAGUUUAGGCGGUGCAAAGAGGACAGCAACCUCGGAAUCCUCCCUCUCCUUGCCUCCUUUUGUCAGCAGGCAGCUGGUCUCAGGUAUACCAGCCAAUACUGGUUGAUGGGAGUUUCCCCAAUUCGCCAGUUGAUUGUGUCUGUUUAGUAUUCCCACCGUUGAGAUGACUCCAUUAGGAAAACCUCUCUCCUUCUCGGUCACCAUGGUCACCAGUGUGUGCUCUUUUGGCGGAAUUCUCAAAGACAAGGGAUUGGGGAAGGAAAACCAAAUGUUUCACACCCAGAACAGGGGCCCUGGUAUGUCUUCCGUUCCAGGGCUGACACUGAGUCCAGUCCAGGUCUGCCUUGAUCUGGAGGUCUCAGGCACCUGCUGUGGCUCCAAGAGCUGCUUCCCGUACAUGGAGGCUGGAGAUGAGGCUGGAGAUGUGGCUGAGUGGUUUUCCAAGCCCCUGCUUGGUUCUGACAGCUGCUUCUAGCUGGGAUGCUGACUGUCCCUGCAGGAAAUGAGUUAGACUAGAGAGCAAAGCCCUGAAAGAGCAAUUUUCUAAUGGAGCCCUGUCAUCCCUGUCAGCUGAUCCCCAGCCAAAGAAGGUAUGCUUGACUUAUUUCUGCAGAGUCACCAGAGGGCAGAGUGGGAGAGUCGCCUGCCGGGAGCGCUCCUGGUCCUCUGCUUCUAGGGCCCUUCCAUUCUUGUUCUUCGUUUACACAUCUGCCAAAGGGGGUGGAAUUGUACUUCGUUUUGCAGGUUAAUUUCAAGGCACAAUCAGUUUUUAAGAAAGUGCUUCAAGACCCUAGGCAACAUGACAAUUCUCAGUCCCUCUGAGUUUGAGUCUCUCUCUGUUACUGGUGCUCUUUACCAAAGGAGCGCGUUGCAGGGUGAAAUUCAGGCAUGUUUUGUCCAGGCCUGCUGUCUUGAGUACAAAUGUGAAUGACAGACUGACUGCUUGUUGCCAAACUGGAAAUGUUUUGUAGGGAUUUACUGGCAUGGUAUCAUUCCUAGGAAGAAGAAGGAGGAGGAGGACAUAAAAAGGAAAAAGAAAAAAAAAAGAAAGAAAAAGGGACAGGAGAGUGAGAGAAACUUGACUGCACAUUUUUUUUUUAUUAAAUCCAUGUUGUGACUUUUAUUUAAUUUCUAUAUUUUUUUGGUAAUAAAAAGUUGACUUUUUAAUUUGAAUUUGUCUUUUUUAUUUAUUGGUCUGAAAGGCAUUUCAAAGGUAUUAUGAUAAUAUAUUGGUGUAAUUUAAUUGGUGCAGCAUGCCUUAUGGACUCCAGUCAAAAUUGGUUUUACUUAUUUGAUUGGUUUGAGAACAGCCUACAGGGAGAGGAAGAGAAAAAGCUGGCUAAUUACCCAAAGUGUUCAUUUUUUCAUUGGAAACUGAAUUUUUGUCAUUUUUUGUUUCUGUUUUUAUUUUAAAUUAAAUAAAUUGCGAUGAACUGAACCAGG